AUGAAGCUCAACACUAUCUUCCUCGCUGCCAUGGCCUCUUUCGUUCUCGCCGGCCCCCUCGCGGUCCCGGACGACGUCCCUGCCCUCAUCGCCGAGCCUGAGCGCGCUCCCGUCAACACCGAGGCCACCGGCACUGAGGCCAUCAACGCAGCUCCUGCCCGCGACUGCCGCCAGUGCGAUGAUUUCUACCGCAAGUGCAUGGGCGUAAAUGAUAAGAUGCUAACGAUUGAAUGGUCUACUUGGUGCUGGUACGAUCCCAUGGCCUGCUCAAAGACUUGCAACCUCGAUACUUGUCGCAAGUUUAACAAGGCUUGCACUCCCUGUGGCUACACUGAUAGGUGCUAA